AAAGCCUUCCCCUGGAGCUGGCGACUUGAAUUCGGACUUCUAGCCUCCCAGAAUUGGACGCUCACAAGGAUUAUCUUCAGUUAUGGCCUUGGGAUUAAGGUGCUUCCGCUUGGCCCACCCUGCCUUUUGCAACUCUCUUGCAGCCCUGACCAGACCUGUUUCAGAAGUUACACUGAAGACAAUGAGUGGAAAACAAAAUGACCACAGGCAAUACAUGGCCUAUCCAGCUUUACCAGUCCGCCAUUUUGCUACCAAGAAAGCCAAAGACUUUCUAGCCAAAGGGAAAGGACAGUCCCAAACCAGAGUGAAUAUUAACACUACCUUGGUUGAAGAUAUAAUCAACUUGGAAGAAUUAGAUGAAGAAAUGAAGUCUGUGAUGGAAGCACUCAAAGAUAAUUUCAAUAAGACUCUCAACAUAAGGACCUCACCAGGAUCCCUUGAUCAUAUCACUGUGGUAACUGCUGAUGGCAAGCUUGCUUUGAACCAGAUUGGCCAGAUCUCCAUGAAGUCGCCACAGCUGAUUUUGGUGAACAUGAGCAGCUUCCCAGAGUGUACAGCUGCAGCUAUCAAGGCUAUAAGAGAAAGUGGAAUGAAUCUGAACCCGGAAGUGGAAGGGACGCUAAUUCGGGUGCCCAUUCCCAAAGUAACGAGGGAGCACAGGGAGAUGCUGGUGAAACUGGCCAAACAGAACACCAACAAGGCCAAAGACUCCUUAAGGAAGAUUCGUACCAACGCAAUGAAUAAGCUGAAGAAAUCAAAGGACAAGACUUCGGAGGACACCCUUAGACUCAUAGAGAAGCAGAUCAGCCAAAUGGCCGAUGACACAGUUGCAGAGCUGGACAGGCAUCUGGCAGUGAAGACCAAAGAACUCCUUGGAUGAAAGUCCACAGGGGCCAGCAACACUCCAGAGCCCAGUUUCUGGUGGAUCCCACGGGUGGCAAAUUGGGAACUCUCUACCAGUCCUUGUGAAGCCCAGCCUUCCAGUGGGACACACAGACUUGCUCACUCUCUUCCUCCUAACCCCUGCCUACCCCAUUCUGCUGUGGGCCUGCUAUCAUGGGUGACCCUCAGAGAAUACUGGCUGCUGGCUGAGGGUGUUUACUUGGGGUAUUUGCCUUGACUGUAAUAUUGCCAAGGGACUAGGACUAUUGGCAGAGUUAGCACCUCCUGCUCCUUGUCUCAGAAGCCUCCUUUUCAAACAGGCAGUCAGGUCCUGUCUCCAGUUUGAACUCUGCUUGGGCUCAUGUGGGCCUUCACUUGUGACUGGACACCUUUGCUGGAGGCCCAUUUUCACUGAACUGUAAACUCCAAAUAAAUUGGAAAGAAUAAAAAUCACAAAGGAAAGGAUGGAGUUGGUCUGGAU